UUACGCUUCAUAUCGUCACUCGGUGUCAGUGUAUAUGCGACCUUCUCAGUUUGCAGUCUCUUCUUAGAGGAUAAACCGAAAUAAGAACUUCUCCUAAGUUCUAGUGGUUUCAGUGUUUUUCUCGGAGUGCCUCAUAACUGUUAUCUGGUUAAUAAUUUAGUACAGUAGCUACCGUACAUUCAGAAAUGAAAGGAACUUUUCAGUUUUGAACAGUGUGUGUAGAAAAUGACAUAUCUAGAAAACAAGGUGUUGCUUCUUCUAAUAUAUCACAUUCGCCUGAAAAUCUUUAAUUUUAUAGUAUUAUUACUCACAAUAUAAUUUGGUAUGAACAUUUAAUUUUGAUAGCCUAUAAGUGUAUAUUUAUGGUAUUUAUAUUUAACUAUAUUUCUAGUCUCUGCUAUAACUGAAUAACUAUAAUAGGCCUAUAGAUAGGUAGGUACAUUUGGAAACGUUGCUACUUUAAUACGACUGAAGACAAUACACCUGGUUCAAUAUCUUGUUGAAUAAACUAUUCUAUCUCUACCAAUAAUUUGAUCAACUUUAAAACACUUUACAUCAACAUAAAAAAUAGUGUUGAAUUUUGUUUCUACUAAAAUGAUUUCACUAGAUUUUUCUUACUAGAAAGAUUUGAUUUCAAAUCUACGGCAUCAUACAUAGAGAAAACAAUUCGGACGUUAAAAUUUCUGGGGUGGUUGUGAUGGGUAGUGAACAGUAAAAGUAACAUUUUCAAGAGUAAAGCGUGCUGAAUAGAUAGACUAUACGUGCAAGUCAUUGUUAUUUCAGUGGCAAUAGGUGAUGAACGGUAGCCUACAGUUUUGUGAAUACUGGAAUAAAUUGUAACCCAAUUCAUAAAUGUGAGUAGCUUAUUAGAGAAAACUUAUAACCAGGUGAUGUCCAGUUUUGUAGAUAUUGGAAUUAUAGCCGGAGUUAUAACCGAAUUAAAACCCUAAGUGGAAAUAGGUGACAUGUAGUUUUAUGAAUAUUAUAAACAUAUACAGUAUUUAUGUGUUCGUAGAGUAUUGGAGAAUUCUUUUUUAUAGAACUCUUGGAGAAAUGGAGAUUGUUGAUUUUUAUUAUUUCUUUAAUUUACUGCGCCCUAGGAAUUUCUCCAAAAUGCUGGCUACUUUAGGAACAUGCCUUUUGUUGACAAGCUACCUACCAAAAACAGUCAGUCAAUCAGCAGCAUGUGACAUGAAAUUCAGUGUACCUAUUGAGGGGGAAAUUGACGACGAUCUGACCUUUAAAGCAACUGAUGGAACAAAGUACAAGGCCGGAGAAUAUUGGCACGAUAUCAGUAGGUACUGGGGUUGUAUUUGCAAGGUGAAAAAGUGUGUUCAAAAGUGUUGUCCGGAUGGUUUUGUCGCUGAUAACCUGGACUGUGUGCCAGACAACACAACCAGUGUGAGACAACAGUUGCCAGAAUACGAAGUCUACAGAGAAGACAGCGAUGGAAACUUGGAGUUAGUGAUGGAUGUACCGCGGGACCAUUUCCAUGUAAUCGUCGUGUCCACUGAUCAGAAUUUCACGUGUGAUUUUUUCGUACCGUUUGAUGAUGAAAUUGAAGGUUCGGCUCUGUUGGAAGAUGGCCAAAUCAAAUUUCCACUGCCAGAUGAUGUGCCAAAUGGAAUCAACCAUUUCAAAAUGGAGGAAUUCUGCAUGGAAGUCAAUGCAACAACUGGAACUAUGCAUUAUUAUGGAUGUUUUGAACCUGUGAUUCCACCUAAGGAAGCAUUGAAAGUCUACCCAUACUUUUUAGUUGUGAAUAUCUUCUUCCUGGUCAUUACUCUGAUUGUGUACAUUCUGCUGCCUGCACUGAGGAAUAUCCCAGCAAAAUGCAUGAUGAACAUGCUUGGUGCACUCAUAAUCGGCUACUCACUUCUGGCUUCCCAACAGUUCAAAUCCACCCGCGAACCUAAAUAUCUUUGUAGAUUCAUUGCAUACACAAUGUACUUCUUUUUGCUGGCUGGUUACUUUUGGUUGAAUGUCAUGUGCUAUGACAUCUAUUCCGCAUUUAGGAAAAUGAAAAGUAUGCCAAGAAGUAAGAGCAAGAAAAGGUACGUGAUGAUUGGUCACUCGUGCUAUGCUUGGGGAUGCCCAUUGGUCAUGACGGUGUUCACCUACUUUGUCGAUAUGAUUGGGCCAUCAUGGAUUAUCAGACCAAGACUGGCUGUCACGUCUUGCUGGUUUGGGGAAGAAGACACAGCUUCACUGUAUUUUUACUUCUACGGACCAAUGAUGUUAUUGCUUGCAGCCAAUUUCUAUUUUUUUGCAAUCACAAUCUAUAAACUGUAUGAAGUUUCAAAACAAACUGCAGUGCUGAAAAACUCUGAAAGCAAUUCAAAUCACGAGAAGGAGAGGGAUCGUUGCUACCUGUACGGCAAACUGUUCGUAGUGAUGGGCGUGACCUGGAUAAUGGAGGUGGUCUCCGAACGCGUAGGGGCUCUGAGUACAUGUGGUAUGUGACCGACAUCUUCAACAUCUGCCAGGGCAUCGGAAUCUUCAUCAUAUUCGUCCUGAAGCGUCGCGUCCUCUACAUGCUCAACAAGAAGUUGCUGCCGUCACACAUGUUCAUCAGUGAGUGCGAAACAACAAAGGCGACCUCCAGCUCUACAGCAACCACAUCCAACAAUGGCAGCCGUCGGAAGCAUGAGCAGGCUGCAGACAAUAUGUAUGUUGAAGAAGGCAACGACAACUCUACUAUACCUAUGAUUACUCGCAUUGAAGGACAAAAUGGCGGCGGUACUACAAACGGAGACCUGUAGAUGACACAACAGUGUCAUUUAUUAUUUUUACAAGAGAGGACUGACCGAGAGAGAAAAACUAAGGAUACUCCUUGUACUAUUUCUCUCCCACAUUUUGAAAGUUCGAAAUAUGACGAUAUUGAGGUGCCUAUUAGUAAGAUCCUAGAAAAUAUAUAUGGUGCAAAAUAUGAGAUUCAUGAUUUAUUUGAUAAAUUAUGCAUUGAAUUCAGCAUAUAUAGGUAGCAAAUAUUGUAGCCCAAUCAAUGAAGACAAAAGACAGGGUUUUUGCGCAACAAAUUAGGGGAAAGCUAAAUUUUUGCAGGGUGCUAUAGUAUACAUAGUACAUAGCUUGGAACCGAAACUCCUCAUCGUUACACCGCUAAACUUUUUUUAGACAAAUAAAUAAUGAGGUGAAAAUUUUCUAAUUUUCUGGCAUUAUAUGGGAAUAACUUCUUGAACGAAAAAUAGGCCUAUAUUAUGAUUAACUGUUAUAUGACAUUAAUAUUUUUGAUCUAUUCAUUCUUACUUACUUACUUACUGCGGUGGCCACUUGUACCCCAGUCGGUACUUGGCCUCAUCAACUAAGCCUCUCCAGAAGUUUCGGUCACCCGCGUCCUCCUCUUUUGGACCAUCCUCCUCAUUCUCGUCAGAUCGAUAUCUUGAUUUGGAACCGAGAUAUACUUGUUCUACGAAACUAUUGCACUUUCGAACUUCAGGCCAGGGGGGGGGUCCUGGAGGGGAAGCAAGCUGUGUAACGAUGGGGACGCUUCGGUUCCAGGCUGUGUACUACAUAUAAUACUAAUACAUAAUAUAAUACUAAUACAUAUAAUACUACAUAAUAUACUAAUACCCUGCAAGAAUUCAGCGUUUCCCUAAUUUUUUGUGCAUCAAUGUCUUUAUUGACUAGGCUAAUUGUACAAACGAGAAGACCUGUCGGUUACCAGAGAUGAAAUGGAAUUAUAUAAAAAAGGUAGUCUACUACUUACUUACUCAUCCUGGCGCUACAGCCCGAUGUGGGCUUUGGCCUCCUCCACAAUCUGCCUCCAAGCGUCUCUGUCUGCUGCCUUUCGCCUCCAACCUCUCACUCCCAUCGCUCUCAAGUCUCUCUCCACAUCCUGCAUCCAUCGAACCCUCGGCCUCCCUCUUUUUCUCACAGCUUCCAGUUUCUUAUAUAGCAUUCAAAAAAGGUAGUCUACAAUGAAGUUAUUAAUGUAUUUCAGUAAUCUCAUUAGCGCUGAAAAAGUGAGUAUUUGAAAUUUAAAUGUUUGCUAGAUUAUGAAGAUUAUUGUACAAAUAAUGAAAUUCAUGCAUUGAAUUCAGCAUGUAGCAAAUAUUGCUACAAACGGGGAGCUGCCUUCCUAUUAGCCUUCUUAUUGUGCUAUACUAGUCAUUAAUUUAAAUAUAGGUUUAUAGUAGUAUUAUAAGUAGUAGUCAACAAUGUUGUAGGCAUACCCAAGAUAGAAAAUGCCGUAAUAAGCGAAACAUUUUCUGUAUAUGAA